AUGGCCUCAAACAUAGUAGUUUCAGAUUCUACAUUGAUACCUUAUGGAACUGGCAAUGUCACCACGGGCUACUAUGAUGACCUCGUCUACCAGGUCUAUCUCCAGAAUUUCGAUGCCGUUGUGGGAGAUGUAACGGUGCUUGCAAAUUGUAGCAAGUAUGUGGAUUUUACACAACCGUAUACCGAGUCGGGUCUGAUAAUGUUGGUAGCACUUUCAGACAAGCGAUCAAGUGACUCCUGGGCCUUUUUGUGCCCCUUUACUCCAGCCAUGUGGAUAACAACUUUUGCAUUUUUCAUAUUCACGGGAGCUGUUGUUUGGUGUCUGGAGCACAGAAGAAAUAGGCAAUUUAGAGGAACGCCUCGGAAACAAGUCUUGACACUCAUCUGGUUUUCCUUUUCCACACUCUUCAGGACUCAUAAGGAGAGGAUUGUAAGCGGUCUGGGCAAAGCAGUGGUCAUAAUUUGGCUUUUUGUAGCUUUUGUGUUAAUGUCUAGUUACACAGCCAGCCUUUCGUCGAUGCUUACCAAGAGAGAAGUUGUACCAAAAGUUCAGAGCCUUGAAUCUCUUAUCACCCAAAAUUUGCCAAUCGGAUAUCGCCAGGGAUCUUUCAUAGACAAGUAUUUGGUACAACAGCUUGGUGUGAAUAAAAGCGCACUUCGCCCAUUUUCAUCUGUACAAGAGUACGCCAUUGCACUGAAGAAGGGACCGAAUAACGGAGGGGUGGCUGCCAUAUUUGAACGGGCGCAGACUAUUGCCCAAGACGUAAUUUUGUCAUCAGGAUACAACGACUAUGUGAAAGUUGGUCCAAUGUACAAAACGGGAGGCUCCGCAUUUGUAAGUCUGGAAACUUUUCUCCAAUCGCAGACUUGUUUAAUUCACAAUUCAUAUGAUCGAUUCAAAUUGUAUUUGCAGGUGUUCCCAAAGGGGUCUCUGUUGGUUUUAGACAUUUCCAAGGCUAUAUUAAAUCUUUCAGAAAGCAAAGAGAUGCAAGAAAUUCUGAAGAGGUGGUUCAAUUCAAGUGAAAGCAAAUGCAGCAUGGAAUCUGACGGAGUCGACUCUAACAAAUUGGGCAUCAAAAACUUUUGGGGCGUAUUUCUUUUAACAGGAUGUGUAUCAUUUCUCACCCUUGUCUACUAUUUGUGUCGCCUGCUUUACCGAUUUGUGCACAGAAAUGAGAGUUCAUUUCAUGUUAAAUCGGUCUCCACCCAUUUGCGAACAUUCGCCAACUAUGCAGACAAGAAGGAGAUCCCAGCACCAAAAAGAAAGAGAUCUAAGACCGCCACUUCGUCAUCGGGAACCGGCGCUUCCACUUCCUCUGAAAUUCGUGUUUUGUUUUAA